AAGCUCACAGAUGAUCUGGACGCGAAUAGCCCACCACAGUUAGUCUCACAGGAGCCCACCUAAUAAGCAUAGAAUAGAAUUGAAUCUAGAACCCUCGUACCUUCUCUCAGGCAAGCACAAAGCAGAAAAAGCGAAGCCUUGAAACAACGGCAAUGGCUGAAGGAGAGGACAAUGCCGAGUUCUACCUGCGCUACUACGUGGGACACAAGGGAAAAUUUGGGCACGAGUUCUUGGAAUUCGAGUUCCGACCGGACGGCAAGCUCCGAUACGCCAACAACUCUAACUACAAGAACGACACUAUGAUUCGCAAAGAGAUCUUCCUCACCAUCGUCGCCGAUUCUGAGAUAAUGAAGGAAGAUGAUAACAAUUGGCCGGAGCCUGACCGUGUGGGGAGGCAGGAGCUGGAGAUUGUGAUGGGGAAUGAGCAUAUUUCUUUCACGACGUCGAAGAUUGGUUCUCUUAUGGAUGUUCAGACUAGUAAAGAUCCUGAGGGUUUACGAAUCUUCUAUUACCUUGUUCAGGAUCUAAAAUGCUUUGUCUUCUCUCUGAUCUCCCUACACUUCAAGAUCAAACCCAUAUGAAGAAGAUAUGUGGUGCUACUGGAAGACAUGAAUUGUGUUAUCUUUUUGCUGUACUUGUAUUGUUCAUGGUUUGUUAAUGAGACUGGAAAAGAAGCUAUGUAACUCCUUCGGCGUGCUGUAUCCUGACGUGGCUGCUAGAACUGACAUACAUUCUUCCCUCUUUGUGAAAUCGAGUAGUAGGGUUUUCAAUGUGUGAAGUGGUAGAUCUGAGUUAUUUUACAUUUUGAUCUAAAAAACAUCUAUGCUUUGAUCAUGA